ACACCAGCUGAUGGCUCUGGCCGAUUCCAAUGGGACCACUCCGGCCAAGGAGCAGCAGGCUGCCGGAGUUGGCAUUCUUCUCCAGAUCAUGAUGCUCGUCCUCUCUUUCGUCCUAGGUCAUGUCCUCCGCCGCCACAAGUUCUAUUAUCUCCCCGAGGCUAGCGCUUCGCUUUUGAUCGGUUUAAUUGUUGGCGGACUCGCUAACAUCUCUGAUACCGAAACUAGCAUCAGGGCCUGGUUCAAUUUUCACGUAGAGUUUUUCAUCCUCUUCCUUUUACCCCCUAUCAUAUUUCAGUCCGGCUUCAGUCUUUCUCAUGUAAUAAACCUUUCUUCUCUUAAUUUUGGAGCCAUUGUCACCUUCGCUAUCCUUGGAACCUUUAUAGCUUCUGUUGUUACUGGUGUUCUAGUUUACCUUGGCGGUCUGAUGUACCUCACCUACAGACUUCCAUUUGUCGAGUGCUUGAUGUUUGGUGCUCUUAUAUCAGCAACUGAUCCAGUCACUGUUUUGUCCAUCUUUCAGGAACUCGGCACAGAUACGAACCUGUAUGCUCUGGUGUUUGGGGAAUCUGUUUUGAAUGAUGCGAUGGCAAUUUCCUUGUACAGGACAAUGUCCCUGGUCAGGAGCCAUGCAUCAUCUGGAGAAAACUUCUUCAUGGUUAUAGUCAGGUUUCUUGAGACCUUUGUCGGUUCAAUGUCUGCAGGAGUCGGAGUUGGAUUUACUUCUGCUUUGCUUUUUAAGUAUGCAGGGUUGGAUAUUGACAAUCUUCAGAACUUGGAGUGCUGUCUUUUUGUCCUGUUCCCGUAUUUCUCGUAUAUGCUUGCCGAAGGUCUUGGGCUCUCUGGUAUUGUGUCAAUAUUGUUCACAGGAAUGGUCAUGAAGCAUUACACGUAUUCAAAUUUGUCAGAAAACUCUCAACGAUUUGUUUCAGCCUUUUUCCAUUUGAUAUCAUCACUAGCAGAGACAUUUGUAUUUAUAUACAUGGGCUUUGAUAUCGCUAUGGAAAAGCAUAGCUGGUCACAUGUUGGAUUCAUUUUUUUCUCAAUUAUAUUCAUUGGAGUAGCAAGGGCAGCUAAUGUGUUUUCUUGUGCAUAUUUGGUCAACUUAUCUCGACCUGCACAUAGACAGAUACCGGUAAAACAUCAAAAAGCACUUUGGUACAGUGGACUUCGAGGGGCCAUGGCUUUUGCCCUCGCUCUGCAAUCAGUUCAUGAUCUUCCAGAAGGGCAUGGUCAGACUAUAUUCACCGCAACUACUGCGAUAGUUGUUCUGACGGUAUUAUUAAUUGGAGGUUCAACUGGUACAAUGCUGGAAGCUUUACAAGUUGUAGGUGAUGGCCAUGAGAGUACAUUGGGUGAAACCUUUGAUGGUAACCAUGGCUACAUGGCUCCUUCUUAUGAAGAUGACGAGGAAGAAUCAUCAGGGAACAGGAUCAAGAUGAAACUGAAAGAAUUCCACAAGAGUGCAGCUUCAUUCACAGCUUUCGAUCGUAACUACCUCACCCCGUUUUUUACAAGUCAGAAUGGCGAUGAAGCAGAAGAGUUUGAUGAGCCGAUGUCUAGCUCUUCAAGAGCAGUAGGUAGUUUCCAUGGUCAUGGCUAAUAUUCACGGUGAUUCUUUAGAAGCAAAAUGUUAGAAGAUGGACUCAACUCUGUAUAUAGACUAUUAGAAAGGGUUCCCAGGCACAAAUGAGGGAAUUAGUAAGGCCUCUUAGAAAAUAUAGUUGCGCGAGGCUGCAUUACACCUAGCAGUGUACUAUAGUCAAAACUUCUAAUAAUUUUUUUUUUUUUGCUAGUUUUCAUCUUACGUCAAUAGAAUGAAUAUUAAGUACUAGCAUAUGUACCUAAUUUUACUCAUUUAAUCCUCACACAAAUCUGAUCCACAUUUGGAAAUUGGGUAGAAAUAUCCUUAUACC